AUGGAAAAACUGCUGAGACCCGAUCGUUUUGAAGCAGACCAAAAUUCACCCACAGCAGCCAAGGAGUGGUCUCAUUGGAAGAAAUUGUUCCAAAAUUAUAUUGCAGAGGCCAAACUAAAAGAGGAGGAUAAAUUAAAGGUACUCAUUAACUUUUUAAGCCACUCAGUGUAUGACCAUAUAAGCGACUGUAAAGAUUUCAGUGAUGCUAUUAAAAUUCUAGAUGGUAUUUAUAUAAAGCCUAAAAAUGAAAUAUUUGCCAGACAUCUAUUAGCCACAAAGAAACAACUGACAAGUGAAUCUAUUGACCAAUACUUGCAGUCUCUAAAGAUUUUAGCUAAGGAAUGUACAUUUAAAGCCGUUAGUCCCUCACAGUAUAAGGAUGAGUACAUAAGAGACGCAUUCAUUAAUGGUAUCAUGUCUAAUAGCAUCCGUCAACGUCUGUUAGAAAACGACGAACUAAGUCUAGAACGAGCAGUGAUGCAGUCACGAGCGCUAGAGAUGGCACAAAAGCAGUCUGAAGCCUACUCUAUGCCUGUAGAAUCUAUAAAUCAUGUAAAUACCGAAGCAGAAGACGAACAAUCUGAAUCAAUGAUCGCAGCCAUCCGACAAAAAUGUUUUUUUUGCGGGUAUGACCGGCAUCCGCGUAGCUCUUGUCCAGCUAGGGAAGCUGUGUGUAGGAAUUGUGACAAAAAAGGUCAUUUCUCCAAAGUUUGCAAAUUAAAGAAAACUCAAAACUCAAAUAAGUCUAAUACAACUACUUCGGCUUUUAUUGCAAAUCUAGCCUGCAUCUCUGCAAACUUACCGGGUGCUCUAUCAAAAACAGUUAUUAAAGUUAGAGUCAAUGAUAUGGAAGCAAAUGGUCUAGUGGAUACUGGAGGUUCAAGUAGCUUCAUAGAUGAUGAAUUUGUCCAGUAUCAUAAAAUAAAGGUAUUUCCUAAGAAGGGACAGGUAGUUUUAGCAUCUGCAGAGCAUUCAUCACACUUAAAAGGGUUUGUUUGCGUAGACUUAUCAUUGCAAGGGCACGUGUAUAAAGAUGUCAAAUUAUCAGUACUGUCAAAAUUAUGCACUGAUGUUCUCAUAGGUCAUGAUAUAUUACAGAAACACUCUAAAGUAGAAGUUACCUUUGGCGGGCCUAAAUCCCCUUUAUUAAUCUGUAAUAUGUCUUCAACAGCAAUAGAACCAAAUGUAAUAAAACCCAUGCCCUCAUUUGUAAUAGAACCUCCUCGCCUUUUCAAGAACCUAGCUUCCAACUGCAAACCUAUAGCUGUCAAAUUACGCCAAUAUUCUGAGGAGGACUAUACAUUUAUCAAGGAUGAAAUAAUUAAAUUAUUGAAUGAAAAUGUUAUUGAGGAGAGUAUGUCGCCAUGGCGAGCCCAGGUAUUAGUUACAAAAACUGAAAACCAUAAAAAACGCAUGGUAAUCGAUUACUCUCAAACAAUUAAUAGGUUCACAAUGUUAGAUGCCUAUCCUCUACCAAAUAUAAAUGACCUAGUUUCCAAAGUAGCCCAAUAUAGUAUAUAUAGUACUAUAGAUUUACAUAAUGCAUACCAUCAGAUACCGAUCCACGAGGAGGAAAGAGAUUAUACAGCUUUUGAGGCUGCUGGUCGCCUUUAUCAUUUUCGGAAAAUCCCUUUUGGAGUGACAAAUGGAGUGGCCUGUUUCCAAAGAGUGAUGGAUAAAAUAAUAUCAAAUGAGAACCUAAAUGGAGUAUACGCUUAUUUAGACGAUAUAACAAUAUGUGGAAAAAAUCAGUCUGAGCAUGACCUGAACCUGAAUAAAUUUCUCAAUGCAAUGAAAAAUUAUGGACUCAUACUAAAUGAAAAUAAAUGUCAGUAUUCUAUGCAAACAAUUACACUUCUUGGACACCAGAUCACGAAUAAAAGUGUAAGUCCAGACCCAGAUCGAUUGAAGCCUCUUUUGAAUCUACCUCCACCCAAGGACGCCAAAUCAUUAAAGAGGGUUUUAGGUAUGUUUUCUCAUUAUUCAAAGUGGGUUAGAAAAUUCUCAGACAAAAUCCAUAAUCUAAUACUUUGUAAGUCAUUCCCUAUGUCAUCAUCUGCAAUUGCUGAUUUUGAAAGUAUCAAGCUAGACAUUGCCAAUUCAGUAAUAAGUUCUAUCAGUGGUGAUGAGCCCUUAGUAGUUGAGAGCGAUGCCUCAAACCAUGCGUUAGCAGCAACACUUAGUCAGAAUGGGCGCCCUAUAGCAUUUUUCUCAAGAAGUCUCUCGAAUUGUGAAAAGAAACACCCAUCUAUAGAAAAAGAAGCUUAUGCAAUUGUAGAGGCAUUAAGGAAAUGGAGACAUUUUUUAAUAGGGAGGCAGUUCAAACUUAUAACGGAUCAAGAAGCCGUAUCUUUUAUGUUUAACUUGAAACAUUCAAGUAAAAUUAAAAAUGAUAAAAUUAUUAGAUGGAGACUUGAGCUUUCUUGUUUUAGUUUUGACAUACAAUAUCGCCCAGGAAAGGAAAACACUGUGGCUGACACUUUCUCAAGAGUAUGCGCUGUUGUAAAUAACUCUAACAUGUUAUCUGAUUUACACAAAUCUCUAUGUCAUCCAGGUGUUACUAGAAUGUUCCACUGGAUCAAGAGUAAGAAUCUACCAUUUUCGAUUGAAGAUAUAAAGAAGUUGACCAGUAGCUGUAAUGUAUGUGCAGAAGUAAAACCAAGGUUCUACAAAAAACAAGAAGGUCAUCUUAUAAAAGCUACUUCACCAUUCGAGCGAUUGAAUAUUGAUUUCAAGGGACCGAUACCAUCUAAGACUGGAAAUAAUUAUAUCCUUACAAUCGUAGACGAGUUUUCACGCUUUCCUUUUGCCAUACCAUGCAGGGAUCUGAGCUCAGCCACAGUGAUAAAGUGUCUGUCCUACCUAUUUUCUAUAUUUGGUAUGCCAGCAUAUAUUCAUUCAGAUCGAGGAGCAGCUUUUCUCUCUCAAGAGCUCACAACUUUCCUGUGUACCCGAGGCAUUGCCACUAGCCGUACAACGCCCUAUAAUCCCGCAGGGAAUGGUCAGGUCGAACGGUAUAACGGAAUUAUCUGGAAGACUGUCCAGUUGGCUAUAAAAACAAGAGGAUUGAAAUUAGAACAGUGGGAAGCUGUAAUAGCUGAUGCCUUACAUUCCAUUCGGUCUUUGCUAUGUACUGCUACCAAUUGUACACCACACGAACGAUUUUUCGCUCAUCCUCGGCGCUCUUCAAAUGGUGGAACACUUCCGUCAUGGCUCAGCUGCCCCGGGAAAGUCUUCAUAAAGAAACAUGUACGUGCUUCAAAGUACGAGCCAUUAGUGGAAGAAGUGGAUUUAGUCGAAGUAAAUCCUGAAUACGCUUUAGUACGCUAUGAAAAUGGUAGAGAGUCAAAUGUUUCGUUAAGAGAUCUAGCACCUGUGGGUGACAGAACAUUAUAUGAAGAACCUUCAGACAGAAUAGAUCCAAAAACAACACUUCAAGACACUCCAACCACAAGUGAGCCAAAGGAAGAGAUGAUUCAAACAGAUGCUAGUACAGAAGGAACAUCAAAUGAACUUGAUGGACCUCGGAGAACCACCAGAAAUAAAUCAACCCCUAAAUACUUAAAAGACUAUGUCACUAAUUAA